AUGUGGAAGCACAGGUUCGGGUGGUGCUUUCUUGUUUUCGUUCUUUCUUCUUUGGGAAAACCAGGUCCCAGCUGGUCCUACUAGCUCUUCUGCCUCACUGCAUCGAUCACAUCACCUGCCGCCUUUCCCUCUGUUAUUCGUUGGCCGCCUGCAGGCGAUUCGCGCAGCCGCGGUCUCGCCGAAUUCGCCGAUGA